AAAGAAGGGGAUAGUUGCAGAGAUAGAAAGAUGAUUGAUGAAAAAUCAAAACGCAUUGAAAUUGAAAUAGAUACUGAAACUGAAACUGAAAGAAAGAAAGAGAAAGAAGACACAACAAAGUGUGUCUGUGUCUGUGUCCGCGUGGGUUAGACUAGACUCAUUACAAUACAGAUAGAGAUUUAGAGAGAGAAAAUCCCAACAACACCUUACUUUCUCUCUCUACAACCAACCACCCUUCCUUCCAUUUCAUCGGAACCUCUCAUUCUAGAUAGAUUACUCUUCAAUGGACCACUUUCCUCGCUCCACUCAACCUGAUCCGUCUUCUCAAUGGACCGGACCGGAUUCUCAAACCGGUUUAGAAGAACCUAUGUGGCAAUUGGGGUUAGGUAGUGGUGGUAGUGGUGAAGAUUCCUAUCCACAACGACCUGAUGAGGUUGAUUGUACUUACUAUUUGAGAACUGGUUUUUGUGGCUUUGGUUCUAGGUGUCGGUUCAAUCAUCCCCGUGACCGUGCCGCGGUUAUUGGAGCUGCUUCUAGGACUGUUGGGGAGUAUCCUGAACGUGUUGGACAGCCUGUGUGCCAGUAUUAUAUGAGGACAAGAUCUUGCAAAUUUGGUGCGUCUUGCAAGUAUCAUCACCCAAAACAGACAGGAGCCACUGAUGCUAGCCCUGUUUCACUUAAUUAUUAUGGAUAUCCGUUACGUCCGGGUGAAAAGGAAUGUUCAUAUUUUGUGAAAACAGGACAAUGCAAGUUUGGUGCAACUUGUAAAUUUGAUCAUCCAGUUCCUGCUAGUGUACAAAUUCCAGCUCCAUCGCCGGUUCCUCCGGUUUCAUCUUUACAUGUACCAGUACCUUCCCCAUUGUAUCCAACCGUACAGACCCCAUCUGGACCUUCUUCACAACAAAUUGGGGUACUGGUCGCAAGGCCACCUCUACUACAUGGUUCGUUUGUCCAAAGCCCCUAUGGACCUAUGGUAUUGUCCCCAACCAUGGUUCCUUUUUCUGGCUGGGGUCCUUAUCAGGCGACUGCAACAAGCCCUGUACUUCCUUCUGGUUCUCCAGCUAAUGUUGGUUCCACGCAGCUAUAUGGGAUAACCCAGCUACCUUCACCGGGUAAUGCCUAUACUGGACCUUAUCAACUUUCUGGUUCCUCAGUCGGUCCUUCAAGCAGAAAUCAGAACGAGCAAUCAUUUCCAGCAAGUCCUAAUCAACCAGAGUAUCAUUAUUACUCCAAACCAGAGGAGCUUCCUUUUGCUCCAUCUUAUAGGUAUCACAAACCACCAGACAUGAGUGCUCCAAAAGUGAAUGCCGUCCUUAGCCCUGCAGGUCUUCCGUUACGUCCGGGGGCAGCACUUUGCACUCAUUACGCACAGCGUGGUAUAUGCAAGUUUGGUCCUGCAUGCAAAUUUGAUCAUCCCAUUGCACCACUGAGUUACAGUCCAUCUGCCUCUUCCCUGACAGACGUACCAGUUGCACCCUACUUUGUGGGUUCAUCCAUUGGUACUCUUGUUCCUUCAUCUUCUUCACCAGAGUUGCAGCCAGAACUUACUGCAGGAUCCAGCAGGGAGUCUGUUCCUUCCAGAAUAUCGUCAUCAGUAAGCACAUCAACUGGAUCAGUUGGCUUGACUUUGCCAACUGGUGGCCCUGUUUCUCAAUCAAGCACUCGAAGUUCUAGUCCUUUAGCACCUGCCAAUACCACGACAAGUAGCAAUGUUUCUCACCCCUCAAAUUAAGAAAUGUGAAUGCAUACAUCUUCAUUACUCCUUUUUUUAUCUCAAUUCUUCAACCAAAUAUCAUUAUUCAAGGAGGUCGUCAAAUAGGGUUUUUUUUGUUCUCUCUCCCAGUUAUCCCAGUUCCUCAUUCAGAUCUAGCACAUUUCACACUGAUUAUCUAUGUUCAUAAAAUCUUUUUGUGGCCAUUCCUUUGAUCUUGAAUAAAACAUGGUUAACCAUGAGAACUUUAGCAACCCAUACAGCCGCCUUGCUUUAGAAUAACUCCUAAAGAAUCUGCAAUUCCAUUGUGCACAUGUCCAUCCACAUCUCCAAUAUUUGGAGUCUGUUGUGCUUAUUUAUGUUCCAAUCUUCUUUCAUAUGAGAACAUUCUGUCCAGACUUUCAUUGACCAUGUGUUUACGCCUCUUCCACCUGAACCCUUUUUGAAUUAGGUAGCAAUUUUCCAUUUCUGUUUUGGAAGUCCUAUUCAAUACUUCCCAACCUGUAUUUAAUAUUUAUAGGGUUUACUGUUGAGAAAUAAUCAGGAGACUGCAAUGAGGCUUCACAUUGUUAUGUUAUAUGGUUUGUAAUUUUUGGAUACACAGUGAUGUUGUGACAAUCAAAACCUUGACUUGGUAUUUGAACUUAUUACUGAAUACGUAUAUGAAGAAACACAUUUAAAUUAUCACA